AUGACCAGCAGCCAUCAUUUCCUCAACUGUAUCAUCAAGGACAUCCACGGACGGCCCUGCACGGGUAUACCUGUUACCCUGAUCUGUGUCUCCCACCCGACCAACGGCUUCCAGGGAAUUACAGACGCUUCCGGUAUAAUCUGGAAAUGGACUCGCAUCCGCACCGAGGGGCUCGACCAGAGGCAACUAUUUGUACAGGGUUUACCAGGCACCCUCUGGCGUGUCACUUUUGACGCACAUGCGCACAUGCCACCAGACCACCCCUUCCCCUUCGCAACCAUCGACUUCUUCAUUCCACAGGAAGGGGAUGGGAAUAUCACCUUCGUCCUCGGUCCACGCACACUCAACGUGUACAACAGUGUCGCGCCCUUCUCAGCACAACAGACAGCUACUACAGCCGAUACCCCCGGCCAGACAGGCUCACCCUAUCUGCUUGGUCGGCGAAACUCGUCCUCCGUUCCUCUUUCAGCUAUGUCAGAUCUCACCACCUUCAAUCUUGAUGAGCGACAGCCCUUGUUGUCGGACGUGGGAGCGCCCGGCCAGCUGGUGGAAAGUCCUCGAGGGGACAAUGUUUCAGAGAACGGCGAAGUUCUUGACAGCAUCACUAGAGGUCGCCCUAAGCGCAAGCGCGAUGCAGGAGGGGAUCAAGAUGUGAUCACGAGGAAGCGGCAUAGGAGGUAG